AUGCUUGUUAUCGGACUCACUGGCGGCAUUGCCAGCGGCAAGUCUACUGUCUCCAAAGAAUUCGCCGAAAACGGAAUUCCCAUUAUAGACGCUGACGUCAUUGCUCGUCAGGUGGUGGAGCCUGGCAGAAAGGCUUACGAACAAGUUGUGGCUGCUUUCAGUGACGAUGUGACUGGAUUGGUCGACCCUACAGACGCUUCGCUCAAUCGGCCUGCUUUGGGAAAAGCUGUUUUUGGAAAACCAGAAAAACUCAAGGUUUUAAACAAAAUCGUCCAUGGUGCCGUCAAGAAGGAGAUGGUCUGGCAGCUUGCUAAGGCCUAUGCGGGGGGUCACAAGAUGGUGAUUUUGGACGUGCCGCUUUUGUUUGAAUCGGGUAUUCACAGCAUUUGCGGUGCCACCGUGACGGUUUUUACGGAAAAAGAAACGCAGCUCAAGCGUCUUUUGGAGAGAAACCCUGAACUCUCUGAGGAAGACGCCCGCAACAGAAUCGAAAGCCAGCUUUCCAAUGAAAUUAGAAACUAUAGAGCCGAUAUUGUGUUGGACAAUAACGGAAGCGUGGGCCAGCUCAAGGAGAACGUCAAGUCUACUUGA